AUCCAAAAUAACUCCAGUCAGUGCGCAGCUAUGACUAAAUGUCUGGAGCUCCCACCGCAAGAGAGCAAGGCUGACUGAAAACCUUGACCGGGGCUCAUUUCUGCUCUCGAGUGUUCUUCGAAGAACAAAGGUCUCCUUUUCUGAGGAGUCAGACGCCGUGACAUCAUGACCUCCCCGGCGGGCUUUGGCAGCAACAUGCUGUUCCAGACCAUAAACAACGACCUGAACGCGUCCCUGGCUACAGCAGAUGAGCUAUCCAAAGAGUUCAGCUCCUUGAUGCAGGAGGCCUCCUCCAGUAAAGAGUCAAAGUCUGCAUCUCAGACCAACCCUGUGAUCUCCAGAGAGAAGCCUCAGCCUUUCAGCCCAUCCAGCUACUCCUCCUCCACCUCCAUCAGCACGAAGGAUUCAGGAGGCAGCAGUAAUGGCAGUCCCAGCUCCAUGCCAUACUCCCCGAGCUCGACAACCUCACGUUCUAUCGAGUCUAUCGUCUCGAGCAACAGAAGCGCUCCGUCCUCCCCUCUCUUCUCCCCCAACUCGCUCACAUCCCCUCAGAUCCGCAGGGACAUGCCCUCCCCGCUCGCCCAUCAUGGGUCAGACAGUUACUCGUACAGUCAGCUGAGCCCCAGAAGCUCGCCUCACACUCAGAGGCGUAAUUCCCCCACCCGUUACAGCAGGAGCCCACGAGGCUCCGUCAGUUACAUGGAGCGGAGUCCCUCCCCGAGCCCCACCGCGACCACCUUCGAGCAGCCCCGCUCUCCACGCCCCCCCUCCUCCAAGCUGCUGAGCCCGUAUGACGGCAGCCUGAUGGGCCGCACCUCCCCCCGGCCGGACCGAGCCCCCUCCCCUCUGGCUUUCAGUCAUCCAGUGUCCAGCACGCUUCCCCGAAAUUUUGGCGGUUUCAGGCAAACUGACGAAGGCAUGCAGAAGAGUCCUGGCAAGUGGAACGAGACAGAUCUGGACGCGUCGUACGAGAGGAAGCCUCACCACACCUACGACAAGACAGAGUGGCUGAGGCCGUCUGUGCCAAAAAGCAGCUGGAGAGAAUCCAACCUCGAUGGUCCUCCUCCACCUCCUGGCAUCAAAAAGGAUUCUCGCUCUCGAUCUCAUCCGCCCUCACACAGUUCCCUGCCCCGCAAUACACGGAUCACAGUCCCACCAGACAUUUCGUCCCCAACCCACUCACCUUACCACCCUCAGCCCAUCAUCUCCCGGAUCUCCAUCCCACCUGCUUCAGCCCAGACCCGCCAGCGCAGGCCCAUCCCUCUCUCCGUCAUCAUGCGCCUCCAGAACCCCCACUGGAGCGUGGCGCAGACCUGCCACCCCAGAGCCCUGGGGGGAGGAGACCUGCCGCCUUACCACCCAGCGAUGCCCCUGCCCAGAGAAUACCUGCACCAGCCCGUCCUGCAGCCACAGCCUCCUCCACCUGAGCUGAGGCAGCCGGCGGUGUACAGUGAAGCGCUGAAUCCAGCAGACAUCGAGGCAGAGAUCGAACGGCUGGACCCAAUUCAUCAUGGCUCUGUGAUUUUGGAGAAUCCUGACAUGGCGGAGAGGCGUAGGGAGGUGGAGGCGGGUGUGGCCCCGGCUCCUCGGCCCCUCAGUCCCACGAGGCUGCAGCCGGUGGUGGCCCCCGAGGCCCAGAGCCAGGAGAUCCCCGACCUGGAGGAGCUGCUCCGGAUGCGGGCAGAAAUCCCUCGAGCCCUGAAGAGACGGGGCUCCGUGGACCAUUCCAAGGCCCCGAAGAAGGCCUCCCAGUACCAGCCGAACCAGUACAAGCAUCUCAUCAACAAGCUGUUCCGCAGGAAGGGUGUCCAACAGAAGGGGGAGCAAGGGAGUGAGACGGGCAGCUCCUCAGAGGGAGAGGACAUCAGCGCUCCUCCCUCUCCUCUCCCCAUGCCACAGACAUCCACACCCAUCCCCCAAGAGUACAGAAACUAUCACUCCAUCCUGCGGCGGGCCAGCCGGGAGCGCAAAGGUCCCGGAAGGCGAGCUCGUCUCAGCCCACUGGUCCUGCUGCUGGACGGGUCCCUGGUGGGAGAGCUGGACACGGUGCAGAGGGCCAUGCAGGAGAUGAGCGACCCCAGCCAGCCCAACGAUGAGGGGAUCACUGCCCUUCACAACGCCAUCUGUGGAGGCCACUAUAAUGUGGUGGACUUUCUGGUCCGUAUUGGAGCCAACGUCAGUGCACCAGACAGCCAUGGAUGGACUCCGCUGCACUGUGCGGCCUCUUGUAACGACCGAGCUCUGUGUGAGUUUCUGGUGAGGAACGGCGCCGCGGUCAUGGCCGUGACGGAGAGUGACGGAGCCACCGCCUCGCAGAAGUGUGAUCCUUUCGCCAUAGGGUUUGAGGAGUGUGAGAACUUAUUGAGAGGUGUGGAGGAGGCCAUGGGCGUGGAGAACAGCGGGGUGCUGUAUGCGCUGUGGAGCUACAUGGCCCAGACGGCAGACGAGCUGAGCUUCAAAGAGGGCGACAUGGUGACCAUCCUGCAGAAGCCGGAGGGAGAGGACUGGUGGUGGGCCUCGCUCUGUGGCAGGGAGGGCUUCGUCCCUAACAAUUACUUUGGACUUUUCCCGAAGGUUCGGCCAAAGUCUCUCUGCUGAACGGCAUCUUGGCGUCUCAACACUGUGCACGCUGUUGCACAAGACUGAAUUCAAAGUUGAGAUGGCAUAAAAAAAUGUUUGUAAUCAGUCCGUCAAGUAAUGUUACAAGAAGGAGUUCUCAGUGUUCAUUUUGGCCUCACUGACAAGGAAAGAAGUUUUGAGGUUUGAUAUGGAUUUGAAGAUAGACUUUUUCUUAUUGCUUAUUGGCUCGGCUCUAAGAUAUGUCAUUCUGGGCAAGGCAGUGUGCUCGUGAGCUGAACCUGUUCUGCCAGUUAUCAAGGCAAGAUCUUGUCAUUUCACCCAAGCGUGUUUCAGCCACAGUUUGAGAUUUAUGGCAAUGCAGACAGUAGCUGUUGGUGUUCAGUGCACUCAGUAGUUGGAGCAACUAAAUUUAUAUGAUAGCGCCAAAAAUCACUCAUUGCUUUCUUUAGAAAGUGGGUGCAGUCAGAACAAAAUCAACGUCCAGUUGUCUGCUUCAUCAAAGACACUUCCCAACUCUUACGUUAAAAUGUGGUCAGGGCCAAAAAGGGAAGAAGGAAGAUUGUGUCGUAUAUGAAAGUCUCUUUUUUGAAAUGGGUUCAUACAUGUUAGUGUUAUUUCUUCCUGUUGUUCUCCAUGACCAUAAGAACCACUGUGCCUUAAGCAGGGCGGGGAUCUCCUAUUUUCUGACCAUGGUGGCUGAUGAAUUCCAAAAACAGUACCUAUAUUCUCUAUUUUAAUGUCAAAAUAUUGAAAUUGAAAUGAUAAUCAUGAAAAAGAGCCUCCAGGUGACCAACAGUUUCUUUCUCCCGUGCGGCUGGUAGACUUUACAAACACUUUCAAACUCAGCUUUCUACGCUGGCUUUAACCCUCGAAAUAUUUUGUUAUUGUUGUUGUUGUUGUUGUUGUCAGUAUAAAGGAAUUCUGUUAACUCUAACCAUUUGCUAUCCAUUGACAAUCAAACAAAUGCUUUUUUUUCUGUGUGUGUGUGUGUUCACAGUGGGAGAAUGAAUGUUUGGAAUGCAUUUGUUGUUAGAACAAUGUUUUUAGUGCUGCACAUUGUUAGGAACUGCUGUGCACUUAACCUGUAAUCCCACCAUGGGUGAUGCAAUGACCAAAUGUUUAACAAUUCAA